CCGCCGCCGCCAUGUACGCCGUGUACAAGCAGGCCCACCCGCCCACCGGGCUGGAGUUCGCCAUGUACUGCAACUUCUUCAGCAACAGCGAGCGCAACCUCGUGGUGGCCGGCACCUCGCAGCUCUACGUCUACCGCCUGGCCCGCGACGCCGAGGCCCCAGCCCGGAGCGACAGGGGCACAGAUGGCAGAAUGCACCGAGAGCACCGCGAGAAGCUGGAGCUGGUGGCCUCCUUUUCCUUCUUCGGCAACGUCAUGUCCAUGGCCAGUGUGCAGCUGGCGGGGGCCAAGCGCGAUGCCCUGCUACUGAGCUUCAAGGACGCCAAGCUGUCGGUGGUGGAGUACGACCCAGGCACUCACGACCUGAAGACUCUGUCUUUGCACUACUUCGAGGAGCCUGAGCUGAGGGACGGGUUUGUGCAGAACGUGCACACACCGUGGGUGCGUGUCGACCCGGACGGGCGCUGUGCGGCCAUGCUCAUCUACGGCACGCGGCUCGUGGUGCUGCCCUUCCGCCGGGAGAGCCUGGCCGAGGAGCACGAGGGCCUCGUGGGCGAGGGGCAGAGGUCCAGCUUCCUGCCCAGCUACAUCAUUGACGUGCGGGCCCUGGACGAGAAGCUGCUCAACAUCGUGGACCUGCAGUUCCUGCACGGCUACUACGAGCCCACCCUGCUCAUUCUCUUUGAGCCCAACCAGACCUGGCCAGGGCGUGUGGCCGUGCGGCAGGACACGUGCUCCAUCGUGGCCAUCUCGCUGAACAUCACCCAGAAGGUGCACCCGGUCAUCUGGUCCCUCACCAGCCUGCCCUUCGACUGCACCCAGGCCCUGGCGGUGCCCAAGCCCAUAGGUGGUGUGGUCAUUUUCGCCGUCAACUCCCUGCUGUACCUCAAUCAGAGUGUGCCCCCCUACGGUGUGGCCCUCAACAGCCUCACGUCCGGCACCACGGCCUUCCCGCUGCGCACGCAGGACGGGGUACGCAUCACGCUGGACUGCGCCCAGGCUGCCUUCAUCUCUUAUGACAAGCUAGUUGUCUCCCUCAAGGGCGGCGAGAUCUAUGUGCUGACCCUCAUCACAGAUGGCAUGCGCAGCGUCCGGGCUUUCCACUUCGACAGGGCGGCUGCCAGUGUCCUCACCACGAGUAUGGUGACCAUGGAACCCGGGUACUUAUUCCUCGGCUCGCGCCUGGGCAACUCUUUGCUGCUCAAAUACACGGAGAAGCUGCAGGAGCCUCCAGCUGGUGCCUCGAGAGAUGUGACAGACAAGGAAGAGCCUCCCUCCAAGAAGAAGCGAGUGGACACCACAGGGAGCUGGUCAGGGAACAAGUCACUGCUGCAGGAUGAGGUGGAUGAGAUCGAGGUCUAUGGCAGCGAGGCCCAGUCGGGCACACAGCUGGCCACCUACUCCUUCGAGGUGUGUGACAGCAUCCUCAACAUCGGACCCUGUGCCAAUGCUGCCAUGGGCGAGCCUGCCUUUCUCUCCGAAGAGUUUCAGAACAGUCCAGAGCCCGACCUGGAGAUUGUGGUCUGCUCCGGCUAUGGGAAGAACGGGGCCCUGUCAGUACUGCAGAAGAGCAUCCGGCCCCAGGUGGUGACGACCUUUGAGCUCCCAGGCUGCUAUGACAUGUGGACAGUCAUCGCCCCCAUGAGGAAGGAGCAGGAUGAGACUCCCAAGGCCGAGGGGACUGAGCAGGAGCCCAGUGCUGCCGAGGCUGAGGACGAUGGGAGAAGACAUGGGUUUCUAAUCCUGAGCCGGGAAGAUUCCACCAUGAUCCUGCAGACUGGCCAGGAGAUCAUGGAGCUGGACACCAGUGGCUUUGCCACACAGGGCCCCACAGUCUUUGCCGGCAACAUCGGGGACAACCGCUACAUCGUGCAAGUGUCUCCCCUCGGGAUCCGCCUGCUAGAAGGAGUGAACCAGCUGCACUUCAUCCCCGUGGACCUGGGCUCGCCCAUCGUGCAGUGCGCUGUGGCUGACCCCUACGUCGUCAUCAUGAGUGCCGAGGGGCACGUGACCAUGUUUCUGCUCAAGAGUGACUCCUAUGGGGGCCGCCACCACCGCCUAGCGCUGCACAAGCCCCCGCUGCACCAUCAGUCCAAGGUCAUCGCACUGUGCGUGUACCGUGAUGUCAGCGGCAUGUUCACCACAGAGAGCCGUCUGGGCGGGGCCCGUGACGAGCUGGGGGGCCGGGCCAGCUCUGAGGCCGAGGGCCUGGGCACUGAGACCAGCCCCACGGUGGAUGACGAGGAGGAGAUGCUGUACGGAGACUCGGGGUCCCUCUUCAGCCCCUGCAAGGAGGAGGCCCGCCGUAGCAGCCAGCCCCCUGCUGACCGUGACCCCGCACCCUUUCGAGCUGAGCCCACCCACUGGUGCCUGCUUGUGCGGGAGAACGGGACCAUGGAGAUCUACCAGUUGCCCGACUGGCGCUUGGUGUUCCUGGUGAAGAACUUCCCUGUGGGUCAGAGGGUGCUAGUGGACAGCUCCUUUGGCCAGCCCACCACCCAGGGGGAGGCCCGCAAGGAAGAGGCCACUCGGCAGGGGGAGCUGCCCCUCGUCAAGGAGGUGCUGCUUGUGGCCCUGGGCAGCCGGCAGAGCAGGCCCUACCUGCUGGUGCACGUGGACCAGGAGCUGCUCAUCUAUGAGGCCUUCCCCCAUGACUCCCAGCUUGGCCAGGGAAACCUCAAAGUCCGCUUCAAGAAGGUCCCUCACAAUGUAAACUUCCGAGAGAAGAAGCCAAAACCCUCAAAGAAGAAGGCGGAAGGCUGUGCCACAGAGGAGGGGUCAGGGACCCGGGGCCGAGUUGCGCGUUUCCGCUACUUCGAGGACAUUUACGGCUACUCGGGGGUGUUCAUCUGUGGCCCCUCACCCCACUGGCUCCUGGUGACAGGCCGGGGGGCCCUGCGGCUGCACCCUAUGGGGAUUGACGGUCCUAUCGACUCCUUUGCACCCUUCCACAAUGUCAACUGCCCCCGUGGCUUCCUGUACUUCAACAGACAGGGCGAGCUUCGGAUCAGUGUUCUGCCUGCCUAUCUCUCCUAUGACGCGCCUUGGCCUGUCAGGAAGAUCCCACUGCGCUGCACGGCCCAUUAUGUUGCAUACCAUGUGGAGUCCAAGGUAUAUGCUGUAGCUACCAGCACCAAUACGCCAUGUACCCGCAUCCCACGCAUGACAGGCGAGGAGAAGGAGUUUGAGAACAUCGAGAGAGAUGAGCGCUACAUCCACCCCCAGCAGGAGGCUUUCUCCAUCCAGCUCAUCUCUCCCGUCAGCUGGGAAGCCAUCCCCAACGCCAGGAUCGAGCUGGAGGAGUGGGAACACGUGACAUGCAUGAAGACGGUGUCACUGCGCAGCGAGGAGACUGUGUCCGGCCUCAAGGGCUACGUGGCAGCGGGGACAUGCCUCAUGCAGGGGGAAGAGGUCACGUGUCGCGGGCGGAUCCUCAUCAUGGAUGUGAUCGAGGUGGUACCCGAACCUGGCCAGCCCUUGACCAAGAACAAGUUCAAGGUCCUGUAUGAGAAAGAGCAGAAGGGUCCGGUGACGGCCCUGUGCCACUGCAACGGCCACCUGGUGUCCGCCAUCGGUCAGAAGAUCUUCCUGUGGAGCCUUCGGGCCAGUGAGCUGACCGGCAUGGCCUUCAUCGACACGCAGCUAUACAUCCACCAGAUGAUCAGUGUCAAGAACUUCAUCCUGGCUGCCGAUGUCAUGAAGAGCGUCUCCCUGCUUCGCUACCAAGAGGAGAGCAAGACGCUGAGCCUGGUGUCCAGGGAUGCCAAGCCUCUGGAGGUCUACAGCGUCGACUUCAUGGUGGACAACGCUCAGCUGGGCUUCUUGGUGUCGGAUCGUGACCGCAACCUCAUGGUGUACAUGUACCUGCCUGAAGCCAAGGAGAGUUUUGGGGGCAUGCGCCUGCUGCGGCGGGCUGACUUCCACGUGGGUGCCCACGUCAAUACCUUCUGGAGGACUCCGUGCCGGGGGGCCGCUGAGGGGCCCAGCAAGAAGUCAGUGGUGUGGGAGAACAAGCACAUCACGUGGUUUGCCACUCUGGAUGGUGGUAUCGGCCUCCUGCUGCCCAUGCAGGAGAAGACCUACCGUAGGCUACUGAUGCUGCAGAAUGCGCUCACCACCAUGCUGCCCCACCAUGCUGGCCUCAACCCCCGGGCCUUCCGGAUGCUGCAUGUGGAUCGGCGUAUCCUGCAGAACGCCGUGCGCAAUGUGCUAGACGGGGAGCUGCUCAACCGUUACCUGUACCUUAGCACUAUGGAGCGUGGGGAGCUGGCCAAGAAGAUUGGUACCACGCCCGAUAUCAUCCUGGACGACCUCUUGGAGACAGACCGUGUCACGGCCCACUUCUAGCCCCGAGACAGCCCUUCCCCUUUUUUGUACAAAACACAAAUGAAUCAGAUUGGUUUGGAAAAA